GUUUGUUUGUUUGUUUGUUACUUUGAGGGGGAAAUUGAAACAGAGAAAUCGAGGAUGAAGUGAUAGAAGGAUGGAGGAAACAUGGAAUUGAAAAUUAAGAUGAGGACGAAAAUUAAGGUGUUGGGUCUUGAGCCCCCCUAGGGCGGCAAGUCAUUGCCAAAAAUCGAGAGAGAGAGAACAAAAUCUACGCGCACACAAUUGGAGGAGCUGUGUGUGGAGCCCAAAACUCCGCAUGGAAAUUGUUUUCUCUGUCAAUGAAAAUGAACCGGACAUUUUAGUACAGCAAACCUGCUGCGCUACUCCCGAUAGCCAGUAGAGGGCUCCCGGGACCAGCAGAAAGGGGAUUUCUCCCGGGAACUGAAGGGGCUCCUGCAUGCCUUGGCUGUUUUCCCGCGGAGUUUAAGAGGCGGACCGGAGCGGAGACGGGAACGGGAACGUCCUGAGCGUGCCGGUCACGAUCCGGCGGGGCGGCUCGGAGAACAGCCUGGACCUGGACCGGCCCGACGGCAUGGGCCUGGACUUCCACCGCGGCCCGCUGGGCAUCGACGGCCUGCAGCAGAAGAUCCUGAAGCUGACGGAGCAGAUGAAGAUCGAGCAGACGGCGCGCGACGAGAACGUGGCCGAGUACCUGAAGCUGGUCAACAGCGCCGACAAGCAGCAGGCCGGCCGCAUCAAGCAGGUCUUCGAGAAGAAGAACCAGAAGUCGGCGCAGAGCAUCGCGCUGCUCCAGAAGAAGCUCGAGCAGUACCACCGCAGGAUGAAGGAGGGCGAGGCCAACGGCUCCAAGACCUCCUCCUCCAGCUCCUCCAAGGAGGGCAAGGACUCGUCCAAGGACAGCCUGAAGGACGUCGCCAAAGACGGGCCGAGAGAGGGCGUCCGAGACGCCCUGAAAGACGUGACGAAGGACAGCCUGAAGGACAUCAGCGGCAGCGGGCGGCACCCGGCCAUCGACAAGGUCCGGACCAUCGGGCCCGGCGUGUCCCUGUCGCCGCCCUUCUUCUUCAACAAGUCGCGCGAGUUCGCCAACCUCAUCCGCAACAAGUUCGGCAGCGCGGACAACAUCGCGCACAUGAAGAGCGCGCUGGAGCCCGGCGCGUCCUCCUUCCUGCCGGACGGCGCGGCGCGGGCCCUCAGCGGGAGCGCCACCACCGUCGCCAAGGCCAAGUACCCCAGCGACGACGAGUGCUCCACCGGCACGUCCGUGUCGGCCGAGAGCAACGGGGCGGCCGCCGCCUGCAGCCCCGACGACCCCCACGGCCGGCUCGCCGCCCUGCUGGACGAGGCGCGCGACAUCCGCGACGCCCAGGCGCAGCUCGCCGACGACAUGGACGUCCUGCGGGUCCAGUUCAAGAGGGAGUACGACUUCGUCACGCAGUCGCUGCAGGAGGAGAAAUACAGGUACGAGAGGCUUGAGGACCAGCUGAAUGACAUCACCGAGCUGCACCAGAAUGAGACGGCUAACCUGAAGCAGGAGCUGGCCAGCAUCGAGGAGAAAGUGGCCUACCAGGCCUAUGAGCGGGCCAGAGACAUCCAGGAGGCGCUGGAGACGUGCCAGACGCGGAUCUCCAAGCUGGAGCUGCAGCAGCAGCAGCAGCAGGUGGUGCAGCUGGAGAGCGCCGACGCCAAGGUGCUGCUGGGGAAGUGCAUCAACCUGAUGCUGGCCAUCGUCACGGUGAUCCUGGUGUGCGUCUCCACGGCGGCCAAGUUCUCGGCGCCGCUGAUGCGCAGCCGCGCCCACGUGGUGUGCACCUGCCUGGCCGUGGCGCUGCUCGCCGUCUUCUGGAAGAACUGGGAGCGGCUGCACUGCGCCGUCGAGCACGUGACGGCGCCCAGCUGAUUGGGAACCGGGGGCGGAGCCGCGCCCAGGGGGGUUGCGGGUUAUGGCGUUAUAGCGCGUUCAUCUCAGAAUGGCGCGUUUGUCUUGCCGUCUCCGAUAUCCCCUCCGGUUCUGCCUCAGAAGAAACGGCCCCACUUCAGCAAAAGCAACCCCCCC